AUGAAAUCUGAUGCUUUAAGUGGUUUUACUAAGUGUAAAGUAUUAGUUGAGAACCAAGUAAAUUUGACUGUGAAGAAGCUUAAAAGUGACAAUGGAACGGAGUAUAUAACUAAGGAGUUUGAAGACUACCUGAUGAAGUUUCAAAAGGAUACAGCACAGUUGAAUAUUAAAAACAUGAAGUUAUUCAUUAGCAGAGAUGUGGUGUUUGAUGAAGACAAGUUGUGGAAUUGGGAAUCUAAGUUGGUUGAAAGGUCAGAUAACUAUAUUUCUAAAGCAAAUCAGUUGCUAGAGAAGGAUUUUGAGCUGAAUUCAGAUGAUGUGGAUGAAAUACCAAUGAGAGGAACAAGAAGUCUAUCAAAUGUUUAUGCUAGAUGUCAUUUAGCAAUCUCAAAACCUAGCUCAUAUGCUGAAGUUGCUUUUGAUGAGCAUUGGAAACAGGCAAUGGAAGUUGAAAUGAAGAUGAUAUGGAAUAACAAGACUUGGGUGCUAGUGGAUAAAUUAAAAGAUCACAAUGUCAUAGGUGUCAAAUGGAUUUUCAGAACUAAAUUGAAUCUGGAUGGAUCAGUCAAUAAGUACAAAACCAGAUUAGUAGUUAAGGGAUUUGCUUAG